AUGACUUGGUAUAAGAACGUUGCGAACAAAUCUUUGGAGAAAACCGGCCUGCUACAUUCGGCCAAACAAAUGAAAAACAAGUUUGACAACUUGAAGAAAGAUUGGGUACCGUGGAAGAAGCUGGAGAAUGCCAGCCACAGCUUGACAGGGCUUGGGUACGACCAUGAGAUGGGUUCGUUCACUACACUUGACCAUUGGUGGGCCAAAAUGCAAACGAUGAACAACCGAUGUGCUAAGUUCAAGAGUAAGCCUCUAGAGCACUUGGACCUCAUGGAGCGGGUGUACUCUGGCGCAGUAGCGACUGGAAAAUAUGCAUGGACUCCAACAGAAGUGCGCGAUGAUGCUGCUGCCGCGACCAAUGCCAACGAGGAUAGCGGGAUAAGACCUCUCAGUGCAGACACACAACCACAACCGGGCCAUGACACUGUUAGGGAGAACGUACUGGAUAGUACCCUCUUUGAUGAUGCUCUCCCCCAAUCAGCCGUGGAUGGAUUAGCCAAUGCAAAACGUUGCAAGCGGCCAGCGCCUGGUACUGUUGCUAGUAGCAUGGACAAUCUCGUGGAAGCAGUGAGCAAACAAAGUCGGGAACUAAAAAUUAUGCAAUACAUUGUCACUGGUAAAGGUGACAACACCGUGGGGGACUGUCUUGCAAGGCUUAUGAGCACGCCUAGAUUGGAGCCCGGCGGUAAGUUGUUCUCAUUCGCAUGCGGCAUAAUGGAUUCACCUAAUAAUCGGGACAUUAUCAUGGCCCUCCCUGUGAAUUACAUUGUGAACUGGUUGACAGAGAAGUGUGCCUGCACGCCGGCCAAUGUUGGCAGGGAUCGUGAACAAGGGACACAGCUGUUCAGGAAUGAUGUUGCUAUUGACUUGGACUGGGCCUCUGUGGUUGGAUUGUCAUUUUAG